AGAAAAUGUCAAAAACCUUCUCCGCUCAUCCACAUAAACGUCAAACGGGUGUUUUCCUGCAACAUUUCUUGUUGCGUCGCGUUUUUGGAAAAAAUAAAAUUGGAACAAUCCGCAUCUCCGCGCCCUAAAACCUUCGCAAUUUCUGUUCCCCGCAAUGGCCACUCCCGCAACGCCGCCACUGAUCUCAAGUUUAAGCUGAAAAACACGGUUCCGGAGUUUGCCGGCGAUGGGACCGUCCGGUACGGGUGCUACCUGCUGUCGGUGGCCAGCGUGGUCGGAUAUGUGUUUAUGGAGACGACCGCCGGGCAAGGUGAUCGACGAGGUUGUUCCGCUGUGGAUGGUUCCGUUGCCGAGGGAGCCGUUCAAGCUAGCGAUGUACUGUGACCAUGGGCUGCUGACGGUGAAUGUUGAUGUGGGUGUAUCAAUUUGUGAUAUUUACUCGGUUCCGUCGUUGAUGACGCCGACGGUUGGAAAAUUAUAUGAGAUUCGGACGUCACCGGAAUCUGGCGUGAGGAGUACGCAGAUUUUGUAGAAUCAACAUGUUUUCGAUGAUAUAAUUAUAGGUAGUGGAAAUAAUGUUUGAAAAAUAAGAUGUAGAACAGAUGAGAAAAAAAAUAUUUAUAUAUACUUUAUUAUAAUAAAAGAAACCAUGGGUGAAAUUGGGAAAAUUGUUUUACUAUAUGACUUAUCGGCUCAUUACUUUUGAUAGGGUUAUCAGAUCUUCAAUCUUAUAGCAUCAUUUGAAAGGGUUUUCAAUUAUCCAACAAAUGUUUUCAAACGAUGGAUCCGGACAUUAUUUCCAUCAAAAUAUCUCAAAUAUGGCCCCCAAAAGGCGACAACUAACACUUAAGUUCUCAUAACAUUUGAUAGGGUUAUCAGAUCUUCAAUAUUUUUGACUCAUUAGAAAGGUCUUUCAAUUAUCCAACUAACGACGGGUCGCAUUAUGGACCCGGCCAACAUUUUCAUCGAAAUAUUUGAGAUCCGGCCUCUAAAAUGUGUUAAAAUGACACUGAAGUGCUCAUAACUUUUGAUAGGGUUAUCAGAUUAUCAAUGUCUUUGGUUCAU